UGCACCCUGGGAAGGCAGUGCCAGAUCCGAGAUGGCGGCCAGCAGGAGGCUGGUGAAGGAGCUGGAGGAAAUCCGCAAAAGCGGGAUGAAAAGCUUCCGUAACAUCCAGGUCGAUGAAGCUAAUGUGCUGACGUGGCAAGGGCUCCUCGUUCCUGACAACCCUCCCUAUGACAAGGGGGCCUUCAGGAUUGAAAUCAACUUUCCAUCAGAAUACCCCUUCAAACCGCCGAAGGUCACGUUUAAAACGAAGAUCUAUCACCCCAACAUCGACGAGAAGGGCCAGGUCUGCCUGCCAGUCCUCAGUGCCGAACGCUGGAAGCCGGCCACGAAAACCGGCCAGGUGAUCCAGUCCCUCGUAGCGCUGGUGAACGACCCCCAGCCCGAGCACCCGCUCCGCGCCGACCUCGCUGAGGAGUUCUCCACGGACCGAGGAACAUUCUGUGCCAACGCUGAGGAGUUCACCAGGAGGUAUGGGGAAAGGCGGCCUGUGGACUGAAACCUGCCGCGGUGGGUUCCCGCGAGCGUGAGCAGGGACCCCGAGCAGUGCAGACACCCCGCGAAGCAGGCCUCUGUGGAAAACGGACGCGGGCCACUACCUGGCGUUGGCUUGUGGCAGUUACUAACUUUCUACAGUUUUCUUAAUCAAAAGUGAUCUCAGGUAACCGGUAAAGAAAGGAUUAAAAAUUUAAGAUGUUCUAAAAAAGA